UACCAGUAGUGCAGUGUAACUGGUGGCUCGUGGAGGCCCUCACCUGUGUCCGCUCCUUCCCUACGGACACCCCUUCCCUACGGACACCCUUCCCUACGGACACCCUUCCCUACGGACACCCCUUCCCUACGGACACCCUUCCCUACGGACACCCCUUCCCUACGGACACUCUUCCCUACGGACACCCCUUCCCUACGGACACCCUUCCCUACGGACACCCUUCCCUACGGACACCCUUCCCUACGGACACCCUUCCCUACGGACACCCUUCCCUACGGACACCCUUCCCUACGGACACCCUUCCCUACGGACAUCCGUCUAACCUCCCCGGAGACCACCAGAGUUCCACUGAUCUCCGGGUGUUCAAUAUACCAACAAUACCUCACAAUGACAGUUGCAAGUUAAGCAACUUGUUACGACAGAAUAUAUAUACUCAUCAGAGUAUACCUGGGGUAGAGGCCGCUGGAAUCUCCCUCUAACAAGCACCAGGUCGUUCCCAAGAAGUGGUGGCUUGGUCCAUGACGACAUCCAAGGUGCUGCCGUGAUGAAGAUCUAUUGUCUACCCCUGCUGGUGCUUGUGUGGCAUGUGGGAGGAGCAUGGAGCAGUAGGCCCCCCCGUCUCAACGUGAGUGAGGAAGUAGCGGUGACAUCCGAGGAAAUCUUCUCCAUCCGAUGUGAGGGCACCGAACCACUCUAUUGGAACUGGACCUCCCAGUAUCUAGAAAAUGGUACUGAGUAUCUAACCAUCACUCACGAGCAGCAUCAUGGGACAGACUAUCCCUAUGUGUCUACUUUAACGAUGAAAGAUUUAUAUAGCAGUGACACUGGGUACUUCUACUGCGCCUAUUAUGAUGUUGAAUACUACAACAUUACCACAGAGAGAGCGGACCGGACUUACAUCUAUGUGUAUGAUGGUCAGAAGGAUUUGGUGGAUGAGGGAAGAAUGUUAAAAAACAUAAGAAUCACAACAGCAGAAACGCUCGUUCUCGACUGUCGUACAACUCUACCAAACAUAACUGUUCAACUAUGGAAGGAUUCUAACGAGGUGAAACCUGACCUGCGCAGAUCCUUCGAUCCAAGAAGUGGAUUUAUUUAUAAAAAUAUAGUUGUAAAAGACAGUGGAUUCUAUGAAUGCAAAACAAAUAGUUCUCUACUUGGUUUAACAUUUCACACCAUAGUUCAACCAGUUUCUGCUACAGUCAGUCUACCGAAGCCAGCAAUUGAAAAAGAGGCUAAUCAACACUUUGUUCAAGGCCGUGGCUUCAGACUUAAUUGUUCUUUGAUACUGGACAAGGUUGUAGCAUUCCACUGGAAGAUUCCUAAUCCAUCAACUGUGCACACUGUCACCAACACAGACUUAACACGCAAUGGCAAUAUGUACAAGAUCAGUAUGCUACAUGUCCUGAAUGCUACCACCAAGGAUUCUGGAACAUAUGAGUGCGAGGUGACUUCAUCCGGCUCAAAAUCUAAUCAAGAUUCUUUGUAUGUUCAUGUGCAAGAGUCAAUAAAAUCUUUUAUCAAUAUCACAAGUGCUCCAGUAAUCAGACUUAAAGAAGAGGAGUUCCUGAAAUGGAGAAGUGAUGUUAUAGCCUAUCCCCCUGAUCCUCAGCUCAUCUAUCGAGACUGGACAGGCAAAGAGAUCAAGGAAACAGACAGGAUAAGUACCGAGCAUCAUGCAAAUAGUGAGUCUUGGUUGAAAAUCACAAAUGUGACUGCUAAUGACUACGGACUUUAUAAAUUGGAAGGGAUAACAAGUGACCGCAAGUCUAGAGCCUUUGUUGAGGUUUUAAUUGAAAUCAAGAGUAGACCCACUGCUGUAAUAAAAGGAGUUCCACCUUUCAUGAAGGCUGGACAGACUCUUAAUGUAUCGUGCCAAACUACGGGCUUCCCUCUACCAACCAUCACCUGGUUAUUUGACACAUGUCCCACUGGAAUUCAUACUUGCUCUGGAGAUUCUAAGGCAUUCAAGCAUGAAGAUUUCGGAAACAGUACUUUACAGCCUGGCAACAUAAAGAUAUUCAACAUUAGUUACAUUGCUCAACAGUCUGGAAUUUUAUUUUGCAAUGCAGAAAACAAGCAAGGAUCGGGAAACUCAAGUGUUCGUGUAAGCAUAAGUGAUAUUGGCGGAAAUUUUGUAUUUCUGCAUGUGGGACAAAACAUAACAAACGACAAACCGAAACCAACGAGAACUAUUGAGGUUAUUGUUAAUGACGACUUCUAUGUGAUGUGUGGAGCCUCCAAGUUUCUCUACAAGAAGGUUCAACUUUUAUUUAACGGUGCCAGUAUCUUGUCAAAUGGUUCACAGAUAAUGGUAAAUGAAUCCCAUCUAUCAGUUUGGAGUUAUUUAAGAAGAGACAAAGUAACACAAGAUCUUGAAGGCACCUUCACCUGCAUUGCCGAACCUAAUGAAGAUAAGCCGCUUAAAAAACGAGAUUUAAAGAUUAUUGUUUUGGAUGAAAAGCCAGUGACGUUCACAGAUGAAGCCAACUUAUUUGAGAAUGGAAAGACAGUUGAAAUAAAGGAAGGAUCAGAAUACAUGCUCAACUGUACUGUUACAGGGACACCAACUCCAGUCAUCAGCUGGUUCAAGGAAAAUAUACCACUGGUCCCUGGCGACUCUACAUUCUUUGACAAUAAGACAGCAUUCCUGUUGGAUAACCACCAAAGAGUGUUGCUGAGGCAUGUGUUUGACGACUAUACUGGACACUACAGCUGUCGGGCCGAGAACCGCAUUUAUAAACGUAUUGGUUCUGUCAUUCUCACCAUCCCUAAAGCUGGGCUUAGUACUGCAGCCAAAGUUGGACUGGCAUUUGCAUGCAUAGGCAUAGUAUUUUUGGGGGUAGUUGUUAUUGUGCUGAUCAAGAGAGUGAAAAAAGAGAGGAAAUUCCGAAAAUCUUUCCGUAAGAAUGAGUUAUACUUAUUUGAGAAAGGCAACAUUGGUCAACUGAACCCAGACUGUACAGCUGAUGAGCAAGCGGAAUUGUUGCCAUAUGACCCAGAAUGGGAAGUUACAAGAGAGAAUAUCAAAAUUGGUAAGCAGUUGGGUUCUGGAGCCUUUGGACGUGUUGUGAAAGCCCAGGUAUCAGGUCUCGACAUAGAUGGUCAGCCAACGACCACUGUUGCUGUCAAGAUGUGUAAGAGCCAGGCUGAUCAAUCUCAAGUGCGAGCUCUGGCCUUGGAGCUGAAGAUCAUGUUACAUCUUGGCAAACAUCUCAAUAUUGUCAACCUUAUGGGUGCCAACACUGCUCACAUUGGCAAAGGAGAGCUGUGGAUCCUAGUCGAGUACUGCCGCUUUGGUAACCUUCUUGCGUUCAUGCAUCGUCAUCGGAAACGCUUCAUAAAUCAAAUAGAUCCUGUCACUGGCCAAAUUGAUUAUAUGAAGUUAGCGAUGGAUCCUUUUAGCCCAAUGUCACCCUCUUCACACAGUACCAGAGAAGGAUAUCGAUGUGCACCAAUAACAGACCAGGAUGGCUACUUGGCUCCCACUGCUUCAAACUUCACCCUAGCAUCCCCUCCCCAGAGGAAGAGUGUAGCAUCCCCUCCUCAGUCUCCCAGAUCUGUAUCAGGAUCUUCAUUUGAAACCUGUAUGUUAGAUGGCCAACCAAGACAGGUUGUGGAUAACCCAAUGUACUGCGUAGGGAUACAACGCUCUGUCAGUGACUGUCCUGAAGGGGAGUCGGGGACAAACAGUAGCUCAGGAGGAUCUCAGAUCCCGCCUCUGGACUCGAAACUACAAACUAUGGUAUCCGGUGCCAACUCGGAUAAUGAAUCCGUCGGCUAUUCCAGAAACGAGUUGCAGAUUACAAACACUGACAUGACAACUGUUCAGUCACUACAGUUGCCCUUUUCACCGUCACCUUUGUCUCCUACAGAUUCUUCACUCCUUGGUGUGGAUUCACAAGGUAACCCGUACUCAUACGACAUUGGUCACAUCCCAGGUGUUAAUUCUCCCUUUACCACAAGCAUCCUUGUGUGCUGGGCCUGGCAGGUAGCACAAGGCAUGGACUACUUAACUCGUAGAAAGGUUCUUCAUGGAGAUUUAGCUGCAAGAAACCUUCUUCUUGCUGAUGAUAAUGUUGUCAAAAUCAGUGACUUUGGUCUGUCAAGAGAAAUGUACAAAAAGGAUGUCUAUAUGAAGAAAGGAGAUGAUUUAAUGCCCAUUAAAUGGAUGUCAAUAGAAGCUAUUCGUGAUCGCAUCUUCAGCGUUCAGAGUGACGUGUGGGCUUAUGGGGUCACCAUGUGGGAACUCUUCUCUUUGGGUUCUACACCUUACCCUGGAAUAGAGGUCAACCAGGACUUCCUCCAGCUGCUUGAGAGGGGCUACCGGAUGGACAGACCAAAAUAUGCAAACCAGGAAAUCUAUGAUGUAUUGCUUAAAUGUUGGGAGAUGGAACCCAUGGACCGACCCAACUUCGCACAGACAGCCGAGUCACUUGGUAUUCUUAUGCUGCCAGAUCUCAAAGGACAAUACAUGACGCUGAACGACCCAUACCUGUUGAUGAAUGAGGAGCGUUUUAGAAGACAAACUGAUUAUCUCAAUAUGUUGUCAACACCUGAUUUUGACAACCUCACUAAGGAUGAUGAUGACACCUUAGCAUUGUCCAUAAACUUACAGAAUGCAAAUAAUGGAAGCAGAGAAAACAACUACCUGAAUAUGAAGUCACCCGACCUGGUUGGAUACUCGCGUGUGGGCACUGAUAAGUUCCCGUCAUCUGGGGUGACCAAUCCUCAUUACUUGCCAAUGAGUUCUUCUCGGGGGUCUCCAAGUCCAACAGUUGAUGUGUUUAGCCCACGACCCAACGAGCCCAACAGAUUUACAUUUGCGCACGAGAGUUGUCGACUAACAAAACUUCCAGAGGAGGAUGAAUAUACAUCUCAGGAUGCUGAUAAAGUCACCAAUGACAAAGACACAGAAAUUUCUUCCUUGAUAAAUAAAGAUACAAGAAAUACUUCUGAAGACCACGUCUCAAACCAUUAUCGUCAAGAUUCUGAAAAUAAAGAAGACAUUGUAGACAUGAGUAAAGAAAAUGAAGUAACAUACAUCAACCUUCCAUAUUAUGAGUCAAAUUAAACAAUUACUUAGUUAUUAAAGUGUGAUAUUUUUCUCGUGAACGUGGAAACUAAAAUUUUGUGAAAUGCAGUGUUUAAGCAUUCCUCAUAGUAAAUCGUACCUAAGAUUAAAAUUAAGUUUAAUUUUUAAGAUUGACAAUUCCGGCAAAUUCAGAAAAAACAUGAAUGCAAAUGUUAUGAUUUUUUGUGGUGUUUUCUGAUUUGCAAUUUAAUAGCUGUAUUAAUAAAAGUGUAUAAAUAAAUGUAUUUUAGUACAGUAUUUAAAUUAUUAAUCUAACCAUUUUUUCAUUUCAUAAAGCAUGUACAUAUUGUAUCCGACAGUUAAUCACCAAAGACAUUUUCUGUACCAUGAUAUUUGUACACGAGGCACUGCAGCAGAUGUCUUGGGGCCUGGCACAAAUAUACUAGAUACAAAUGAUAGCAGCACUGAACCCUAACAACAAAUUAAUACCUGUUGGUAUUCAUCAAGAGUCAAGGUUCAAUAUUGUUUAAUUUGGUAUUUGUACUCACCUUUACUAGGCUAGUACAAAUACCAAAUUAAGGCGAGUACAAAUACCAAAUUGAGUCACUUGAAACUAUGUUGAACCUUGGCUCUCGAAGAAUACCAACAGGUGACAACAAACUUUAGAUUGUAUAGAGUAAUCAUUAUGUAACCAAAGCCACUUGAUAUUGGCAACUCUGGCCCCAACAUGUGAUUAAUGGCAUCCUCAACUUUCCAUUGCGAGGGGUUAGUGCAGUCAGCUCAAUCUAUUAGUCGCAUGUUCGAUUUGCUAUAGGAAAUGACCUUUCAUCACAUUUCCUUAUAUACAAUGUCUAUUCACCUAGGUAACUAGGAACCAGUUAACUGUUGUGGACUGCAUUCCAGGAAGUGUUAGUUGUUUGAUAAAUCUAAAAUGCUUCCCGUAAUCGACAAUGGAAAACUAUUGUAAAUAAUGCCGUGAAAUUUGAAGGUUUAAUAGGAUUUCUAGAAGUACCUGUACAGUAAUACACAAAUUUUAUUAACUUUAAGCUGCAUGUAUUGACCCAAUACUUUGCACAAGAGUUGAUUUAUAUAUACAGUACUGUAUAUAUAAAGUAUACACACACACACACACACACACACACACAGGUGGAAUCGGGUUACGAACUUUACCUCGGGAAAUGAGUUUGUUGAUACGGGUAUGGCCGACCUAGCAUGUGGUGGCACAGCGAUCGUGCCUCAGUUUCCCAGUGCCUCCCGCCUAGUGACUAUUGCGCAUGAAUUCUUUGCAAAGAUUGAUAAGUUUUUUCAGAUUUCUGGCUAGUUGAACAUAAAAUUUGUUAUUAUAUAUCUCGCCAUGGGUCCCAAGAGAGCCAGUGGUAAAGUUCAAGGCAAGAAAACAUGUGAGAACGAUCAUAGAGGAAAAACAAGAGAUCAUUCGUAAACAUGAAAAUGGUACACAGGUUGUUGAACUAACUAGGCAGUACAACAAAUCUAUGUCAAUGACAUGCACUGUAAUUACCAAGAAAGAGGACAUUACGAGUGCUAAAGUGGCAAAAGGCGUAUCAACAAUCACGAAACAAAGAACACAAACACUUGAGGAUGUUGAAAAGUUUUUAUUAUUUCACCCAGAGCAAGCUGUAGUAGGCCAUUGUGUUAAUCUUUUUAAUGACAAUGUUAUGUCUCACUUCAGACAAGUGUUACAAAGUAGAGAAAAACAAGUGUCACUAGACAGGUUUUCAGUGAGAAGAACAAGCAGUGAGCCACACACAGGUCCUAGUGGUAUGCAGGCAAAAUGUGCCAGAGACUGUACCCCAGAGAAGUCAUCAUUGCCUGAUGUUAAAAAAAAAAAAUUAAAACUUGAAACAAAAAUGUCAAAAAGGUUCGUUCAAUGUAUGUCAGGUACGCUCCUCCAUUUUCUAUA